CAAACCUAACCUCAUUUUUUAUCAAUCAAAACAAAUUCCCUUCAAUAUGAGUAAAUUAGUGAGAAAUUUGUUUUUCUUUGUGAAAAAUUCACCGAACAAUAAAAAAGCAAUUGCAAAUAGAAUACAUCGAAGAACAAUAGUAAACUUGGCAUCUGUUCGUCUAUUUGAAAAAUUGCCAGCACAAACGCCAUGUAAAACAAAUUAUCCAUUUGUCGUGCAAACAGCUCGAUUUUCAUCAGAUGCUGUUACAAUUUCACAGCUUGACUAUGAACGAUUUUGUGCCGAAACAUUGGACUCUCUUUGUGAUUACUUUGAAGAAUUGGUUGAAAGUGUCAAUCACUUGGCGUCUGCGGACAUUCUGAAUAAGGAUGGCGUUCUGACGGUCAGUUUGGGUGCAACAUACGGUACUUAUGUUAUAAAUAAGCAAUCGCCAAACAAACAGAUUUGGUUGAGUUCACCAGCCAGUGGUCCGAAAAGAUACGAUUUCAUGUAUGCAGCAGACGGAAGUAAAAAAGGUUACUGGGUUUAUAAACACACAGGCGAAACGCUACACGAACUUCUUGACAAAGAACUCACCGACGUAACAAAAACGAAAACACAAUUUCAAUCUUUGUCAUUUGGGUCGCGAUGUUAGUAAGAAUAAAAUGCAAUUUGUUUUGUCUACAAA